UCUCACACACAACGAUAAAAAUUAAUUCCCAUCCAAUUUUUCAGAUUCAAUAUUCCAAAUUCGUUGUAAAAAAAUCCAAAUAAGAUGUCAGGAAGAGGAAAGGGAGGAAAAGGGUUGGGAAAGGGAGGAGCAAAACGACAUCGUAAGGUCCUCCGCGACAACAUCCAGGGCAUCACCAAGCCCGCCAUCCGCCGGUUGGCUCGUAGAGGCGGUGUGAAGCGUAUCAGCGGUUUGAUUUAUGAAGAGACACGUGGCGUGUUGAAGAUCUUUUUGGAGAACGUCAUCCGUGACGCCGUCACUUACACGGAGCACGCUCGCCGGAAGACGGUCACCGCCAUGGAUGUCGUUUACGCCUUGAAGCGCCAGGGCCGUACCCUCUAUGGUUUUGGUGAUCCGAAUAAGAAAAUGUCAGGAAGAGGAAAGGGAGGAAAGGGGUUGGGAAAGGGAGGAGCAAAACGACAUCGUAAGGUCCUCCGCGACAACAUCCAGGGCAUCACCAAGCCCGCCAUCCGCCGGUUGGCUCGCAGAGGCGGUGUGAAGCGUAUCAGCGGUUUGAUUUAUGAGGAGACGCGUGGCGUGUUGAAGAUCUUUUUGGAGAACGUCAUCCGUGACGCCGUGACUUACACGGAGCACGCUCGCCGGAAGACGGUCACCGCCAUGGAUGUCGUAUACGCCUUGAAACGCCAGGGCCGUACUCUCUAUGGUUUCGGUGGUUAAUUCGAUUGGAUUUUUAGGGUUUGCUUAUGCUGCAGUUACUAUUAGUUUUUUUAGGUUCAGAUCUGGUUUUAGCUUUUGUGUGUAGUUAGUAUUAUGAUGAUAUGUUGCUGUAACUGAAUGUUGAUUUUCAGUAUUUCAAGUGAAUGAAUAUGUUUCUCUAUAUCAA